GUGAUCUCUAUCAAAAAAUCACAAACGUGUUAAAAUCAAUGAUCUCCUGAAUUAAACCGAUUUUUAAUAACUUUGAAUCUUUAAUUUUAUUUUUGUGAUGUGAUUUUAAAAAUUUAAAAGUAUUUUUACAAGUUUGUUCAUAAAAAUUAAUAAAAUGUUUUAAACAGUGAUGCCACUUCAACCGAUUUGGCAGUACAUCUACCGAAAUAGUACAAUUUGUAUAAAAUUUCUGAGUUAUAUUUUAUUGGAUCACUAAUACGACCAAUGACAUCUAAACGACCGUAGAGAAAUUACCGUACCUAUUAAACUUAGUAAACUAUCGAUGUAUCUAGUGAAUUCGACUGUUGCUAAACGAAUAUUAAGUACCUAGAUGAAAAUUAAAAUCCCCAAAAGAAUUAAUAAUUAAUAAAAAAAAAAUAUUUUUUAAUAAUUUAAGUUUCGUUCUGUGUAUUCUUGUUUAAUAUACAAUUUUGAGGUUGUUUGUAUUUUCCAAGUAUCUUUUUCUACCCCCAAAACGGCUUACUUUAGCACCUCUUAAAAAAAAUACGUGUUAAAUAAUCCAGUCAUCCGAUUUCUACCGAUUUUUGAUUAAGUUAUCUACCGAAAAAAUGUUGGUAGCGGCAACCAUGGCAACAGUGCUGAAGUACGUGCGUCUAAACUCUUGCCAUCUAUUGCCAUUCGGGCAAACUACUCGGCGAACACAAGCACGUGUCCUUGACGAUCAAGUAUUGUAGUUAACGUAUCUGCGCUUAGAUGGCGCGGUAUGUAUUAAUUGUAGAAUAACUGUUGGUAUGCUGUGUAGUUCAUAGAUGCUGCUUCAAGCUAUAUGUUCCCCGACCAUUUAUAUGUUGUCUUCAAAUGGACUCAUUUUGGCAAACGUAUCGUCAGCUUUGCGCAGUGGCAUUAUCGUAACCAAUGAGGUUUAUCCGAGGUGCGAUUAUUGCUAGUUGAAAACUUUAACCAAUACCCCGCCAUGUGCACGUGAAAUACCGUGCGCUACGGCAAUUUUUGUCAGCCUCUGAGGAGGCUUUUUUAAAUAAAUUUAAAUUAAUUUCCGAUUUGCACCUGAAAUACCAAAUAUCGUGCACUAGGAUAAUUUUUGUUGGUCGGUUCUGAGGAGGCUUUUUUAAUCAAUUGAAAUUAAUUUCCGUAAUCUCGUAUUUAUUAACCAUUUUAUUACCCUUUCUGGGACCGUGCUACAAAAAGUUACGUUUCGGGCCGUGUUGGAUACCCCACUGAAAUAUUUCGAAAUCUAUUAACAUUUUGCCACUAAGCAAAUAUGUUUCUGAGAAGUAAAAAUUAUCAUAUUUUAAGAAAUUUCAUUCGGCGAAUGGGCUACCAUCACGAAAAUCGGGACAAAUACUGGUUGGAAAGAGUAGGAACGAGAGAAAUGGUCGGAUACGGUUUUAAUGGAACUCCUUGCUAUGUAGACAGGUACGAAUUUCCGUUUCCAGCCAUCAGAUACAAGGAGACAACUCCAGAAAUCCAGAGUCUCUACGAAAAGCAAAAGGGGGAUUGGCGAUUGCUAACGAAAGAAGAGAAAAAGUUACUAUACAGGGCGAACUUUUGCCAGACGUUUAGCGAAGUCGAAAAAGGCACGGGCGAGUGGAUGGAAGUAAUAGGCCACGGGUUAUUGCUGUGUUCCGUGGCUAUUUGGAUGUACCUUUUCUUGAGGCUGUGCGUGUAUGACCCCCUACCGAUCACAUUUUCGCCUUCGAGAAAAAGGGCUCAGCUGCGCAGACAGAUCGACCUGCAAGUGAACCCCAUCACUGGAUUAGCAUCCGAGUGGAACUACGAGACCAACAACUGGAAGAAGCAGACAUGGAGGACUCCACCAAAUCCAUUUGUAAUGUGUGAUGAGGACUAAAAGUUUUUCAAGAUUAGUUUUUAAUUUAAUAUCUUAUUAAAUAUAAAUAUUUUGUUACUUCUAAGGUUUGUUCCAUAGGUAAUAAAACAAGUCAAAGCA